AUGCCAUUUUACACACAUCAAAUUUUUCAAAUCCAUUCAUUGGAAUAUGGCGAACAAGUAAUUAAUUUAACUGAAACUAAUAUUACAUCGCAACCUAUAAUGAGAGAAAUAAACCCCGAAUACAAUACUACUUCAUUUAUAUCAUCCUUAACUCAUUCACCAUGGACUAUAUCAUCAAAAAUGCACCAAAUAAUCUACAAAUUUGAGAAUGAAAUCUUAUGUCAAUUUCUGUGUGUUCCCUACUCUAUCCUCAAAGAACCUAACACUACUUAUCCACUUACUACUGCAUAUCCAGAUGUUGCAUUAGUUUGUAAUCCAAAUCCACCACAAAACAGAAUAGCAAUAUGUUCAUCAUGUAAAUCAAACCCAAACAGAAAUUAUCCACCAUACCUUUCUAGCAUUCCAUCAGAAAUAGAACUUGUACUAUUAGAAAAAUGUAGAUAUUUGUCACCUAUUUUUCUACAUUGUUCACUAGGUUGUACUCCCGGAGCAAAUCCCUUUACUGAAUAUAGAAUACUAGCUGAACCUUCUAACUCUACCUCAAAUCCACCUUGGCUUGAUAACUCUUUAAUAAAUGCAGCCAACUGGCUCAAGGAAAAUAACCCCUAUUUACCCCACCUUCAUGGUGUUUACUGGACUACUUCUAAUAUAAACGAAAUGAUUAAUUUAAACACAAUUAAAUCAACUCUUCCAGAUCCAAAUUCCGAACCUAUUCUUUACCAAAAAGUUCGAUUAUUACAAAUGCAUACCUGUAACUCCAAAUGUGGAGGACCAGCACCAAAUGGUUCAAGAUGUAAAAAAGGUUUUCCUCGUCUCUUUGCUGAACAUACCUAUUACGAUCCAAAAAACUACAGAUAUAUAUAUCAAUGCCUAACAUCCGAAGACCAAUGGGUAAUCCCAUACCAUGCCCCAACCCUAAUUAUAUGGAAUGCCCAUAUGAAUGCCCAGUACAUCACUAAUAAAGGACUUGCCCGCUAUAUAACUAAAUAUAUAAGCAAAUCUGAACUGACUCAUCUAUUCAACAUAAAAGAACAAUUAUGCUAUAGAGAAUACAUCCAUGCUCGCCGAAUGGGAUUAAUGGAAUUAAUGUUUCUGUUACUUGGUGAACGCAUCACAAAUUCGUCAAUCCAAGUUCAAUUCCUAACAACUGACCCCCCAUCCAUCCGAUCCAAAGCAAUACUACCCUUAUACAUGAUUGAGCCCAAUGAUGACAAUCCUUAUUGGUUCGACAAAAUAGAAAAAUAUUUUGCUCGUCCAAUCGAUCCCAUAUUUAACAAUAUAACCUACAAAUCUUAUUACGAAAAUUACGAAAUUAAAUCUACUAGACCAUCUAACUCUUGA